GGGUGGAAAAGACUUUAGCUAAGCACGCUUAAUUCAAUCAAAAGCACGACGUACUGGCUGUUGAAUCGUUAGUAGACCGCUUGGCUGCAACAACUACAGUUCAUUCGAAUCUCAAACAGGCAUAUCGUGAAGCCAUUGUGAAAAAACGCUCUACAGAUGAUUUACUAUAGGUGUUUUGAGCGUUUCGUAUUAUUGCUGGUCUGCCAAGUGUUGCAGUGUCCUUUUAUUUUCGCAAACUUGCCGUCCACCAUUAGACCAUGCGCCCGCAAUGAUCCUCUUCUGGAGCGGUGUAUCAUUAACGCUGUCUACCAAAUAAGGCCAUUACUAGUGAACGGAAACCUGGGGGAUGGCUUCACAACACCCCCAUUAGAACCGCUGUCCCUAGAUGAUAUUGAACUGGGACUAAGUAGUCAAUUUCAAGCUGUUUUCACGAAUCUUGAAGCCAAUGGAGGAAGUAACUUUAUCAUUGACCGCCUUAUUGCCAAGCCGUUAGACACAUCGUACGAUCUCUGGAUUACACUCCCGCGCAUUGACUUUAGAGGAAAGUAUUCGCUGCAUCUUAAUUUGCUACUCCUAGACAUAAAAGGAAAAGGAAAUAUGCAGGGAUAUUGCGAAAACGCAAAGGCUUUCGUUAAAAUUCGUGGGUCUCGGUAUCUGCGAAAUGGCAAAGACUAUGUGAAGUUCACCAAGAUGACCAUGCGCAUUGAUUUUGAGGAUUUUAAAUUAAGCUUGGCAAAUUUAUUCAGCGGCGAUCGAAUUUUGGGGGACGUAGGAAAUACCCUUAUUAAUAACAAUCAAGAAUUAUAUAUGAAAGAGAUUGUGCCAGGCCUAGAGCAAGGUCUUUCUAAAAAGUUUUUAGAUGUGGCGAAUGAAGUCCUUGCCAGCGCUACAUUUGAUGAGAUGUUUCCUCCUGGAAAGACGUUCAUCAAUCCGAUUGCACACCCGCCAUCGUCGGGUCUUAGUCCAGCUAUAUUUGAGCCGGCCUUUGAAGCUGAAAAUCCCGACGGAAGUAUUUUAAAUAAAACAUAA